CCAAGCCGUAUUUGGACAUUUGUGUAAAUUCGUUGGGUUCGAGACUUUAAAAAAAAAGGACACACACAUUAUAAGCUAUAUCUUUACUGCUCCAUAUUGCCUUCUUCUUUCUUUGUUGCGUCGUUGAAAGGUUCCACUCACAAAGCCUCGCCUCCCGCUUCAUUCCUCCAUUGCUCACUCAAACACAUUUCGCACUCUUUUAAUAUACACCACCGCUCUCUCUCUCUCUCGUACUUUCCCAACACCUUUGGACCAUCCCCUCCAUUUGAAACAAUACUAUACACGCAGUACUCCUUUACACACACACACAAGCAACACAUAUCACCUUUAAUAUAAUAACAAUAAUGGCAGCGCGGUUUACCUUAGCAAGCGGCAUCACUAGCAGACUCGACGCGUUCUCGGACUACAUUUCGACCUUUUCGAAACGAUCACUCUCCUUGUUGAUCCUUCUAACAGUCACCAUCUCUGUAUGUUUCCUGUACUCAUCCCAAUCUCCAAACCUAUUGUCGACCACAACCGACGGCUUUCGUUUCGGACACAACGAAUCGCAUCUCUUGUCAGCAGGGACGUACGAUUGUGCAAGGUGUGAACAACCACCCAACCUGGCCAAACUUGAGCCUAAACAGAUCUGGGAAGCUUGUCUUGACCCAGGUGUGGUACCUGAAUAUUACAUGACAGUUGUCAUGGUCGCAAGAAACGAUGAUUAUGCCGGCAAUCAGUUUCAUCGAUUACAGAAUGCUAUUGAUAGCACCUAUGCGCUGGCAGAGAAAACAAAGACUUUGAUUGAGUUGCUGAUCAUUGAAUGGAACCCGCCGGCUGGUCGACGUGGUAUUCGUGAUACCUAUAGAUAUCGUCGUUCCAAGUACCUGACAUAUCGCAUUAUUACCGUACCUCGCAAGAUUCACGAGACGCUUCGGGGAAAAGAAGGACCUGAGGCCCUGGAAUAUGAGGGCAAAAACGUCGGUAUACGUUUUGCCCGUGGCGAAUUUAUUGUGUGCACCAACCAAGAUGACAUCUGGUCUCCCAACAUGCAUAAUGCCGUUGUAUCCCGAUCAUUCCGGAAAAAGAUGUUUUAUACGCAAUAUCAGGACAGCCAUGUUUCAUACGACGAAUUACCAGGUACCAUUGUCGAUGUUCCAAGCUUUACAACCGACGACGGUCUCUUAGAGUCAUGCUCAUUUGAUGCAUACGAACCACACGCGUUCGCCUUCCCAGCACCACAAGUCAUCGACACCACUAACUUUUUGGUCAUUGCACACGAGGCCAGCGAUUUCACAUUGGCACACCGAGAUACAUGGCAAAUGACCCGUGGAUACCGCGAAGCAGGCGCAAAGACAUGGAUAGAUAUGGAGCUGGUGUUGACAGCUGCAUGGACAUUGGAUAUUCCUGUCACCUACACACGAGACACGUUGUCAUGCCAUCAGCAACACCACACCGUCGUACAUCCGAACAGCGACGCAGACAAUCGAGAUGUGGACGUGGGUCGCAUGAUGUCAAAGGAAGAAAUCCACAUGAACGAGGAAGGCCAGUGGGGUUUACAGAAUGUCAAAAUCUGGGAAAAUGGCUUACACUGUGAAGUAUUCCGGGGUGGACUUGGCGUAUAAUAAAUAUGAUAACUACUUGAGA